GGGAGGACGCGAAGAACAUAUUUUCAUAAGGGCUUCUGGCGGAAAGCAUGCAAGGAAGGACCUCUGUAUUCGAGCACAGUGAAGUAGGUCAUUUACACGCGCACACAUUCGGGCACCAAGGAGCAAGGAUAAACACAGCGGCAGCCUCGCGCUAGAUUUUAAUAUUGUGCUGGACCUGAAAAGAAAAGCACAAACCACCGCUACGAGAGGAUCAGAGGAAAAUAAACACAGACAAGAAAUCAGUCAGAAGGAAAUGUUUUGCAAAAAUCCGAUUGACUUAUUUCUCCCACUACGCACCGGCAUGUGACUUCAUUCAAGACAUCUGAAAAAUAUUUCCCAAUAAAGAAAAUUCAGAUAUUUAGGAACAAUUUCGGUUUCUCGAUGGAACAGCAAGGAUACCUCUACCACUCCACUUUAAACUAGAACUUGCCGUACGCCAGCGGCUGGUGUGCCCGUGUCUCGUUGGACUUCAUCCAGAGAUCAGCGACCCGGUAUUCCGAACGCGACGCGUGGAUGCAGGAACAUGCUACAGAGAGACAGGGCGCCAGCAGUGCCCAUUUGGGUGUGUCCAUGGCAGGGCGGGCCGUUGGCAGUAUGGGCAUGGUCCCGGUGGAGGACAUGCAGGCACUGUCGAUUGCCACUCUCUCUGCCUCUGAAGUGGAACAGCAGUAUGAGCUGAUUGGUCCAUUAGGAAAGGGCACGUAUGGAAGAGUGGAUCUGGUUGCUCACCGCACACAAGGCACAAAGCUGGCUCUGAAGUAUGUGAGCAAGAACAAAACCAAGCUGCGAAGUUUCCUGCGUGAAUACAGCCUGACGGCUGCGCUGAGCUGUAGCCCGUUCAUCAUUAAAGCCCUGGAUGUCCUGUUCGAGACGGAGGACAGCUACGUAUUUGGCCAGGAGUACGCGCCUGCAGGGGACCUCUUCGACAUCAUACCUCCCCAGUCGGGUUUGCCAGAGGAGAUGGUCAAGCGCUGCGUCCAGCAGCUGGGUUUGGCUCUGGACUUCAUGCACAGCAAGAGUCUGGUGCACCGGGAUGUCAAACCAGAAAAUGUCCUCUUGUUUGAUGGCGAGUGCCGGCGCGUGAAGUUGGCUGACUUUGGCAUGACACGGCGGGUGGGCAGUCGUGUCAAACGUGUCAGCGGCACCAUCCCAUACACAGCCGCCGAGGUGUGCCAGGUCACAGGUUCAGAGGGUGUCGUCGUGGCCACCACCCAGGAUGUGUGGGCCUUUGGCGUACUGCUGUUCUGCAUGCUCACUGGAAACUUCCCCUGGGAAGCAGCGUUGCCUAGCGAUGCCUUCUACGCAGAGUUUCAGCGCUGGCAGAGGGGGGCAUGUCCGCCGGGGGCAGUGCCCUCACAGUGGCGCCGUUUCUCAGACGACGCUUUGCGCAUGUUCGUCCGGCUGCUAGCGCUAGAGCCUGAGCGGCGCUGCGGCGUGAAAGAGGUUUUCUACUUCCUAAAAUAUGACCUACUUACUCAUCACCGCCGUCGAGCUUCCUGCAGGGCCUCAAGGGGCGUGGCCACACGUGCCCACAGACACACUGAUCCCUCCCCACCAUCGGGAACUUCCUGUCUUCGACCCACCCCUCUCAAACGUAGCAUCCUGUCAGAGCCGCACUCCUCGAGGGAGGAGGCUUCCAAAAGCCCCUCCCCUAAUCGUCAGGACAAGAGUAAGAUGGUGAUGGCCACGCCCAUUGAGAUUUGUGUAUGAAACUACACUUUCUUCUACACCCAGAAGAUAACAACUGCUUAGUUACAAAAUCUAUGAAUUUUUAGCACUCCUAUACAUUCAUGUGAGGAUGGCAAUUCAGAUUUUAAAGGGAUUCGUGCCAGUGAGCUGUAGGACUGUAGCUGAAAUUAGAAUCUCUGCACUGUUCUUCUUUAAUGCCAGUGAAGCUGAACUUUAGACAGAAUCUCAUCAAUACAGGAGUAAUUACAGCACUCACAAAGUCUUAUGCUUCCUAUUGAAAAAAAGCUCAUUAUGAUAAGAGAUAAUUUUACGGGCUAGUUUCAUUAAAGUCUCUAGGUCAGUUUUCCUCAUGGUGUUGCCAGUCUGUCUUCAGGUUAAAACUGAGCUGGUCUUCAUCCCAUUACAAAUGCCAUUGUACUGAGUAGGCCCUCCCUCCAUCAGGCAGCCUAACAGAGGGCCAGUGUUCUCAGAGGUGUUUGACUGAAAUGCAUCUGCACAAAUGAGACUGCGAAAUGUAUGUAAACUAUACAGUCUAUACAGAGAAAGGACCACAGCCCAGUGGUCAUACCAACAUUUGCAGGGAUACAGGACUUUACACCAUUCUCUUUCACCCAGGCAUGCAUAUGACAAUAUCAGUAGAUGACAGGGAUACUUCUUAGGUAUGGAUGUGUGUGUGCCUCUGUGUGUGUGUGUAUGUGUGUGUGUACGUUUGUGUUUCUGUAUUGCUUAGGAGAUUGGUGUUAAGAAUUUUGCCUUUGUUGAGACAAACCUACACCAGUUUGGUUAUUUACAGUUCAGUAUAGCACUGAAUUUGAGAUGUUUUAUCUGGAGCAAAGUUAGUACGUUUUAUCAGGUAGUGCCACUAUGUAGCUUUUUAAAUUUUUUAAAUUCAUAAGAGAUAGGCUUUAUUAACUAUUAACUUGCACAGAACCCAUAUGUAGUAGCCUGGAUAUUAGUACAUGUUUACAGAAGUUUGAUUGGUGGAGAACCUUUUAGCUUAGAAUAUUUGGGUUUUCAAAAACAGAAAAAAACAAAAUAAAAAAAUGACAGGUAUUCUUUAAAGCAUCUCAGACAUUUAAAAUAAGAAGAGUAGAACAUGGUAGUUAAAACAGUCCAGCACCGAGACAGAGACUGGCAAUUAAGUAGCAGUGUCGGGUAGCAAGGUGACUAUUAAGCUAUGUAGCGAGGUGUGUCAUCCAGAGUGAAUGCGCUGAUCUGAGAUCAUCGAUGCAACAUUGAGAGCACAGGGAGCUGAUCUUAAAUCAGCUGUUGUAUAUGCAGUUUAGGCUCUGGGACCUUUUCUGGUCAGAAAAUCGUGGACUCCCUUCCUUUACUUACCCUCCUUGGUGACUUCCUGGAAAAGGACUACUUCAUGAGGCUUGAGGCUUGCGUGUCAAGGCUGACAUCAGCUCCUCUUACAAGGGAUAUGAUUCCUGAGCUCAUGUGAGACAUUACACUCACUCACUGCAUCUCCAGCACCCGAAAAAGCUCUCUGGCCACCAACCCGGGAGUUCACGCCUUUACUUUGAUGCCUUUACUUCAUCUGAUCCAAAGAAUGACAUCACCAUCAGUGAGCUCGGAGAACCACUUAUGAAAGCACACAAACACACCGUCCACAGGUGAUCAAAUGGCCGUCAAAAUGCUUUUUGCAUUUAGCUGCUUGAUGUCCUCUAAGCCUCGAGUCCAAGUUCUGCCGUGACGUCCGAAGCUCUUUGGGACUACAUGGACUGGCAGUUGAGGCACUGGGCUGGCAUUCACCUGAAGGGGAGGGAAAGCACUCACAUGAGAGCCCGUCCACACCAAAAGAACUAGUCCAGGUCUUGGUCUGGCAGUGAGUUCAAGUGACCAGUAGAGGUCGAAACUUACCCCUUUUAUACUGGGACGGACUUGAAACCUUAUACCCCAGUAUGGUUGUCCCCAGUCCGACCUGUUCUGAGAGGCAGCCCACACCUACCCCAGUGCUCAGAUGUUUUUGCUUUGUAUGCUGUACACACAAGUAGCUCUUAGCGAUCCUGAUUGGGUCAUGUGUGUAUUUGACACGUGCACAACCACCCCUACCCAAGUGCAUGACUUGACAUUUCACCUUAUGUAUUACGUGUGUGCUAGCUGAUAUAGAAAUGCCCUGAGCGCUCAUGCAGAGAUGUGUUCUUUCACUAAAGGAGUUUGUAUUUUUAAUUUCAUCAGACAAGUGAAACAGGUCAUUAAAGUUGUGACAUGGUUGAUUGA